UAGCAGAAUUAUAAUGCCUCUUACUGUUAGUCAAUGAGUUUUUUAUUGUGCACACUUGAUAGACGUGACGUUUGCUUACACUGGUGACAUCUCAAAAGAAUCACCCAACUGUACCCAAAGCAGACACGAUCAGUACUCGUGCUCCACUAUAUAUAUUAGAUAUGGCUCUUAAGUAGACAAACAGUUGACGUCAUGCAGUUGUUCAUACUCCUUGCACUCUGCUGCGUAGCGGCCUGCACUAGCGAUGCACACGAUGUAAUGGACAAGCCGUAUGCACCUCGCUACACACUCUUGGCCGAGAGCAAAAGAAAGGAACAGGACUUGGCAGCUACACCAAGUGAUGUAUUUGCCAGUGGACAGCAGCCUUGGCGACGCUUAGCCUAUACCGGGCUUGGCAGUCACCCAACUAAUUGGCUAGGCUCUACUUCGGCCGCAUCCCUCACGGCACCAAUUGGACCGGGUCUCCUGCUAAUGGGUGUCAAUCUAGGGGCUCUGCUCUGCAUGCUACUCGGAUUACUAGGACUGGCACCAACUCAACGAAUCGGCGCCUGGCAUGCAGGCGAUAUUUACCGGAACGAUAGACAAAAUUUUGGUGAUGACAAAGAAUCGACAUUGUAUUUCUGAACUUGAAGCCUUUCUCACAGGUUUACG